AUGGCAAAACGUUCGGGAUCCUACAAGAAGUAUUUGGAGGAUGGCACAGAACGAAUCCCGAAAAGAACACGGAACAGAUGGAAGCUAGCAAAAAGACGCAAGGAGGCUGUCCCCAAUGAAGAAAACAAUGAAGAUGAUGAUUCCUUGCAAAAUGUGCCCUGGGUUUUUAUACAAAACACGUACGCCAACUUCCCCUUUCAAAGCUGGGAACUGAAGCCCCAGGGACAAGACACAGCCGUGUUUACAAUUAAUGGAGCCUGCAUUAACAUCAGCAUUAUUGUUCAGGGUCACAAGUGCAUGUUGCAGACACAGGGGGAGAAAUGUCUGUCACAUUUUGUCGGGAAAUGGAUGAGCAGCACAGAGCUACAAAGAGCCAUGCAGGACACUGGCAUUAAUAUAUUUGUAAAUGAGUUUACAGAGAAUUAUAUAACAACAUAUGGCAAGGAUCCACUGAGCGAGCAUUCGGCCUAUGAGCAGAUGGCACUCUUCUCCUCCACUUGUGCCUUUAGCUGGAGCAGGUGGAACGCCCAGUGUGGUCCUGAACACCUUGUCAUGCAGGUCUGUGAGCACCUUUCCUCUGGCCCAGUGCCCAAAGAUCACUGGUGCUUGUACCUGCUGGGGGCACAGAGGAGUCAGAAGCUGAGAAUCUCUGAGAGCAGUGAGACCUUCAGUUCAGACCACUAUCCUGGUACAGAGUUCCACUCCACCUUCAUCCACAUGCUUCAGGACCACAUGAGCGCUGAGGGCAUCACCCAGACCAGAGCCACACACUACCUCUUUGUGGACACUGUUCAGAGCCUUCUGUGUGCCACCAGACCCCUUAUCUACGCAUGA